AUGUCUUCAAAAUAUUUAACGAUAUUGUGCCGGGAUUUCGGUCAAAUGCUCGAAGAAGCUGACGACGACUAUAAUGUUAUAAUUGAAGUAGGGGAAAAGCCAAACAUUUGGACGGAUGAACAUUUCAAGACGCUUGAGACGAAAUUGCAGAAUUUGAUUCCAUUUAUUGGAUUUUCACAGUUUAAUUCAGCACAGUUCACACAACAAGUGAAACCGUAUAAACAAAUUCUACCAAUAAAAUUGUACACGGAACUUGAAAAUAAGUUUUCUCCAAAGAGCCCGAUCCCUAAACCAACAAUACCUUCUGCUGUGACAAUUGCACCACAAAUGGUCCCACGUAAUGGAUCAAUUAAUUCCGUACUGAUAAACACAAGACAUUUAGGAAUUCUAUCUACUUGGAUAGGUCGAAAAGAUGAUAAUCCAUUCAAGGACGGAAACAUCGUCCACGAUUUUCGAGUGAUACCAUACCAGUUGAAACUUUUAUUACGGGGGACGCGUGAUGGUUUCUCACCGGGCGCAUUUCACAAUAAAUGUGACAGCAAAGACGCCACGAUAGUAGUAAUGAAAAUACGUGGAAGUGGACAAUUAAUCGGCGGCUACAAUCCGAUCGGAUGGUCAUCGAAAAAUAUGUGGGUAAAUUCACGAUACUGUUUUAUUUUCUCGUUUGACGAUGGUAUGGGCUUGCAUAAAUCAGUGCUGAGUCGUAUAGUUGAUCCGAGUCGUGCUAUUUUAUGCUCGCAGAUGAUUGGCGCUUGUUUUGGGAGUGGAGAUUUGGUUAUGGGUGGGGCAAGAAGUGAUUUCGAUAUGGAUUUGGCGUGUUCGUCGAAUAUUCAAUCGUAUGAGAAAACGAUAACGAGUUUGGAUCGGUUUUCGGUUGAAGAGUAUGAAGUUUUUCAGGUGAUGCGACGGUUACGAACUUGUUGA